AUGAUUCUUCAAGCAAACUUUCAUUAUGAAAAAGAUAAUAAAGAAAAACUUGCUUCUACAUCUUGCAAGAAUGGGAAUGACCUCUAUACAAAUCUUCUCAAACUUAUGGAUGAUAUCAAAUACAAAAUCAUAUACUUAGAUAAUACAUUCCACAAAGUAUUUGCAAUAUCAAAAGUUGAACUCAUCAAACUUCCAGAUAAGUAAGAUGAUUUGGAAAAUUUUAUUGAUGUUGUUUUUCAUACAUCUUGUUAGAAAGGGAUUAAUGCUAUUGCAUUUCAUCUGAGAAUAUUGGAAAUUACUAAUUAAGCUAUAACAAUCUAUAAAAGUGAAAAGAUUCUAUAGAUUUUAUAGGAAGUUUACUCUUAAAAGGGUUAAGAUUAAUAAGACAAGUAGGAAUAGUAAUCUAACUGCUAUGCACUCAGAGAUCUCGAUUACCAGAAUAUGAUAAAAAAACUUAAUAACACACUUUAUGGGAAAGAAAACUUUCAAGAUUUAACUAAAGAACAACAAUAAGAAUAAGAAUAAAUUUUCAGUCUAAUAAUCCAAAGACCAAAUUCCAAUAGGAAUACUUUAUGUAUUUUUGAGAAUAACAAUGAGAUUGUUAAAGUCUUAUCUAAUUGUAAAUUAAAUUUCUAUUACUUUUUUAGUUUAAAUUGAUAAAGCACAACUUUAUGAAACUAAUUUAGCAUGGGCUGGGGAAAAAAGAGAAAAAGCAAAACCUAAAUUAUUUCUUAAUGCAUAAGUGAUAGAAUCAAAAAAAAUGAAGAAUGGUUUUACUUUUGAAACUACAAUAAAGGUGGAUCAUAAUUAGAAAUCAUAGAAUCAUUUAAUAUUUGUAUUGAAUCAAAAAGUUCUUGCCUUUUAGUUUCCGUUAAAAUUUGGAGAUAAUUAUUGA